UAAAGUUAAGUUUGUCGUGCAAGUGUUCAAGUGGUGGCCAUCAUGUCUUUAUAAGUGCAUAAGGGUUUUGCCAUCUUACUAAUAUCUUACUUGAUCUUAAUACUUAGUGCUGUGAUAACUUUACACUGAAAACUGUAACUUAAUGCUCAUCUAGAACAUUUCACAUUCCUUAGUUCACUGUUAUAUUAUCAAAGCUUUGGCCUUCUCUCUGUAAUGUGUUGCUAUACUGGUACAGUGCCUGUGUCCCUCUUACUUGAUCUUAGUACUUAUUAAUGCCAUGAUAACUAUGCACACUGUAUAACCUUAAUGUUCACCUCCCAUUCAAGCACCCAAAACUGUACAUAUUCCUUAGUUCACUGGCAUACACAGUAAGAAAUUGAAGAAGUAAGAAGUUGAAGAACUGUUGAAGAGACAUCAAAAAGUAUAGUUUUCCUCACAGAAGUGUGAACAAAUGGAAUGAACUCAGUGAAGAUGUUGUCAAUGCCAUAACUGUGUAGGAGUACAUAGAUACACCAUUAGAAGUUCGAGGUAGGUUCCAGUAAUGCGGUUUACACCUCACUGGGUACUGCCACGGGCAGUACCCAGUGAGGUGUAAACCGCGGUUUUCCCGCCCAAUUGGGCUAUUUUUCAUUGGAAUUAGAGACGUCGCAGUGAGCGUUUUGAUACCAGAUAGCGCCAGAAUUUUUAAUUCUCGCCGGAAAAUAAAUACUUUUUGGGGCAAGGUUUUACAAGCUUACAAAGGUGUAUCGUUGCACAGUAAUGCGUCUGAAUUUUAAGUCAAUUAAUUUCGUGAUAACUGACAGCACAUGACAUUGUUUGAGCUUCUAUUCAUAAUUUCAGAUAAUAUUCUUAAAAGAGCCUAUAAGUGUAUCAAGGCAGGCAAUCUGUAAUUUUCUACUGACCUCAAUGGAAGUAUACUAAUAUAUACUUGCAUUUCCAUGUACUAAACAACAGGCAAAUCCAUUUAAUGUAAAGAAAAUAUAAUUUUGUAUCAGAGACUUUAUUUUUGCGGUACGAUCACUAUCCUCGGGUACUUGGGCAGCGAGCAAACCUAAACACAGACACUCGACUACCCUGCACAAUGGAUACAUCACCGCCACAAUCAUGGACUACAGCGGAAUUAAGAAAAUUCUUGAAAGAACGAGCUAUACCCUAUUCUGGAUAUAGUAAAGCAAAGUAAAGGCCUUUGUAUCGGCAAAACUGAGAGGCUAUUGUUUACACUUUACACUCCCUAACGGCGCGCGGCACUUUCUUUAACUGAAGAAUCAUGAUCAAGAUAAGUACGUCGUACGUCCGCCAGCGGUGCUGUUCUUUUUUUUAUUUCACUGAUUACUUUCAUAUACAGGACGUGUCAGUGAUAUCUGAUAUUUUUCAACAUUCCCAGAUAAAAUGCACAAGCCGAAGUCAACAUCCUUUUAUUUUUACUGUUUAUACUUACUUAAAAAAAAUUCAUUACCUAUUUUUAGUUUUAUCUUAUAAUUCAAUUAACAAAGCCUUAUCAUACACCAGUAAGUAUGAAUAUUAAUAUUAAGGGUUAUGUUUUUAAUUUUAGAUACACUUGUGCAGCAAUUCAUGCUGUACUUUUCCUGCACAUCGAUUUCAAAUUUGGCUAAGUCACCCCUUUGCACCACGAAAUCGGAGACAAUUAAAAAUGCUGGCGCUGAUAGGUAUCUACCAGCCUCACUGCGACGUCUCUAAUUGGCGGGAAGAAAAUGGUAUUCGCGGGUUGGCGGUUUCUUGGGCUGUUUUUAUUGUAGUACGCGGUAUUUUGGGCUUUUUAUAUUGGAAAAAUUAUUUUAUAUCGUUUUUUCACAAGCUCAGGCACAGCGCCACGCCAGGUGUGUUGUCAGGUGACGAUACCUGACGCGCCUGGCCAUCUGCCUGGGUGUGACCUCUUUCCCCUCUCCCCAGGGGGAUUAUCAGUAUUUAUCAUGAGGGCACGACCUCGUUAACACCGUCGCAUGACCUAUCCCCGUGACCUGGACAGUAUGAUGAUGAAGCCAGCAGUCUCUCUUCAACCACCACACAGUCACAACCAGCACCUUGGCUAUCAGAAACAGUUUACUCUCUGUCGUGCAGUGAAAAUGGGCAAGUGGGCUAAGUACGGCAAGAAAUACAAGAAAGAAUGGGAAAAAGAAGAUGGUCUCAGAGAAUGGAUUUCUGGUGUGCCUGGUGAUGACUCUGUUGCAGCGUGCAAGUUCUGCAAAACAACAAUUAGAGCCCAUCACAGUGACCUUGUCAGUCAUAGCUCAACUGAAAAGCACAGAAAAAAUGCAGCCCCAUUUUCAAACAUGAGAACAUUAUUUCAAUCCGGCAUUAGAAAAACAAAUGCCAAUAACAGCAUGAAAAUUUGUGAACUGAUAUUAGCAGCUCACAUUGCUUGCCAUUCAAGCAUAAACACUAUUGAUCACCUGGCUGAAGUUGUGGGAAAAAUUUCAAAUAAGGAAAUCUCACUACAUAGAACGAAGUGCACAGCACUUAUAAACAAAGUACUGGGACCCUCUAUGCUGAAGGAACUAUGCAGUGAUAUCGGUGAUAAUGAUUACUCAUUGAUAAUUGAUGAAAGCACAGACAUCACCACAAAAAAGAAACUGUGUGUUGUUGUUCGCUAUCCCAGCUACUCAAAGAAGAGAAUUAUCACUUCGUUCUUGGGUUUGGUGGAAUUGGAAAGGGGCACAGCUGAGGUGGUCACAACAUCUUUACUUGACUUCAUAGAAAAUCAUGCCAAACUGAACGUCAAAAAAUGCAAUGGUUUGGCAACUGAUGGAUGCAACACUAUGUGCGGGACACACAACUCUGUUAUGUCAAGAUUUUGUGCAUUAAACCCACACGUGACACACAUCAAAUGCAUAUGUCAUUCAUUGCAUUUAUGUACGUCAUAUGCAAUGCGAAAGUUGCCCUCUCACCUUGAAUUCAUGGUGUCACAGACAUAUAGAUAUUUUUCACACAGCACGCUUCGUCAACAAAAGUAUGCAGAACUCUAUUCUACAAUCAACGUGGGAGAACAACCACUGAAGUUGCUGAAGUUGUCAGGGACGCGAUGGCUGGCUAUUGCACCAUGUAUAACAAGGAUUCUGGAGCAGUAUGAUGAGCUGAAACUCCAUUUUGAGAUAUCCAAAGAUGAGGAGGAGAAGAACUACACUGCCGAUUUGUUGUACCAGAUGUACUCAGAUCCUGCCAACAAGUUGUACUUGGCUUUUCUGCAGCCUGUGGUGUCCCAGGUCAACCGGGUUAACAAAUUGUUUGAGUCAGACCGGUGCAAUGCCAACAGACUCCUGGAAGAUUUGAUGUCCCUCUACAAGUCCAUUCUCCAGCGACUCAUGAUGCCGCGAACUUUCUGCACGUGGAAAGCUGUGGCAGAUUAUGAUGUGAACGACGAACGGAACCAUCUGCCGCUGGAAGCUGUGGACUUCGGUGUGAAGUUCUACAUCGAACUGGGUCAGAGCAGGUUGGACAGCGGAAUUGUUCACACCGUUAAGAAGCACGGGCGUGACUUCCUGAUGAAGCUUCUUCAGGAGCUGCAGCAAAGGCUUCUAUCAAAUAUUAACCAUCUCCAGAGCUUGGAUGCCCUGACCCCAGAAACCGUUCUCGGAGUGAGGAAACCAAGACUGCAGGAGCUGUCUUUCUUACCAAAAUAUUCGGGGGAUAUUGGUAAGCUCGACGGGCAGUGGCAAAGACUUGCAACUGUCAGCUGGCCAAAAGAUGUGAUAAACGACUCCGAAAAGUUUUGGUUAACUGUUCACAGCCACCAGGACGCCUCAGGGGAGCGGGAUUUUAAGGAGGUAGGGCAGUUUGCUCUGUCCAUGCUUUCGCUGCCCAUUAGCAAUGCCUCUGUUGAACGGGUUUUUUCCCAAAUGAACUUGAUAAAGAAUAAACUUAGGAACAGGAUGCAACACAAGAGUCUAGAAAACACAUUACAUGUACGUGCAUUCAUGAAUAGAAACAACAUGUGUUGUAGGGAGUUCGACCCCACACAGGAAAUGCUGUCAAUGUUCACAAAGGACAUCUAUACCAAUGUUGAUGAGCAUGAGUAUGUUGAGGUGCCUGAUGUAUAAAUGUACUGAAAAUAAACAUAUAGCAUGUAUGUUAAUAUACUCUAGCAUGUAAAGUAUAAUUAGGUAGGCAUUAAUGUUAAUAAAGGUACAUAAUUUGUCAAAUAUUUUUUUUCCUGUUAUGAUAUAGCUAUACGUCUCAGUCGUCUUGAGCAUCAUACUACUGAUAAUUCUAAUUUUGGGCUGCUUUUGGGCUGUUUUUUGUGACCGAGGUCGCGGGUUUUGGGCGGGUUUUGGGAUGGAAUGGCGCGGGAUAUCAGUCCACGACCUGGCAACUCUGCUCGGUCAUUCGGCUGACUGGACGCCUACCUAAAACAUCGCACACCCACGCCUGCAAUGGUUUUCCUUUAUUGUGAUUUAAGCACCACCUGGAGUUUGGGUAAGCACUUUGUAUUAUGAUGGUAUUGUGAUUAUGAUAUAUUUACUUAGUAUUAACUUUGAUGAACAUGUAAGUGUAUGUGACUACAGUUAAAAGUAUUUGGGUGAUCUUGUUAAGUACUUAUUGUGAAUGUACCUUGUUGGUGAUAUUUAAUAGAAACAUGAUUUUCUAUGGAGUUGGAUUAGUAUAAUAUUUCCAGACCAUGUUUAUAUUACAGCUUGUGAUGUGUCCGCUAAAUUCGUGUAGGAUUUCGUAUUCACUUAAUUGGUUGUUGGCAGGCCUCUGUUGUAUACUUGCUGUGACCGUGUCUGGGGAAUCUAACUGCGCCUGUGAACAGCGCCCGCAAAUAAACUCACGGCACCUG